AUGGAGGGGCGGGACAACGUGUCGAUAUGGGAGGAGAGGAUUUGUGACCGCAUUUCUCUGGAGCUUGACCCGAGUAAAUACGGCGACACUGACUGGCCUCGUAUCCUGGAUCUUCAAAAGCUGCGCCUCGAGAUCCUUGACCUCAAACAAGAGCUCGUGGAGGUGAUUCAAGAUCCAACAUUAUGCGCUACAUGGAGCUCUCUGGAUGAGAAGUACGGCAUCGACGCAUGUGCCGUUCCUGGAACGCUAAAGGAUCCUCGCAUCCCGAGGUCGGUUUCGGCAGGCUACUACGGUCCCCAGGGUGAGCGUCUCAUCAGGCAGACACUCAUCUCGAUGCUCCACGACGAAGACUUCGACCACUCCACUCUCACGCCGUUCCCCACAUUUGACCUAUUCCUUCGCCGCAUACUCGUACCUCACGCAGCUACUCUUCUCAUCGCAAAGAACCACUCGAUCGCAAUCACGGACGCUGUCGACUGGCUCGAAAGCAGUGUUGAUUACGGAAAAGUCGCAUUCCCGCUGUGGGGGUACGUGCAGGACAUCGACACUAUUGCACCUCCAUGCCCGCUGCCGCCGUCUUGGACCGAAAAGCCAUCUGCUCGACGCCACGAACCUAUCGUGAUUCCGGCGAAGGUCAGAGUCAAGCGUGAGAAGAUCAAUAUCACCUUAGAUGACUACGAAAUGCCAGCUUCGGAGACUCCCCCGCCGCAUAAAAAGCGAAAGGUUGCAAAAGCGAAGUCCACCAUCUCCCUCAAGACUUCAGCCGCCUCCCAGAAGGCGAAGCCAGUUGCGCCGCCGUCCGCAGCGUCAAACUCAAGCGCGCAACCAACCAAACGGGACACCAAGGGCGAGACCAGCAGCGAGCUCUCUACAAAGACUGCUGAACGGUUGAAGGCCACUACGCGCACCUUCAAAGCUAAGAAGACUGAACCGCGGUACGUCUCAAGGUUUAUCGGCACAUCCGACACUAAUCGGAACCUGAUCAGCAUCCGCCUCGGCGCAGCGGCCGUCACGUUCGUGAGUGAUGAGCUCUCAUCAGAGCUCGGCGCUCAGCUUACUCUAGUCUCCGACAAAUAUGCCCUCAGCUCGCCUUCGGCAUUCCGCUACGAGUUUCUUGCCGCUCCUCCGUCUCAUCGCUCCCAGUUCUCGUCGAUCCCCAUCUUGCUGCUUCCAGUCCUCGUUGCCCCUCAGUCUCGUUCGUGGUGCUUAUCAUUCCUCAAUAUCAAUUUCGUCGCUCUCCCUCGGUGCCGCAGCCGUGUCUUUCGAAAGGUCCGCACCAAUCUAUUACCCAUAUGA